AUGCGCGAUAUGCGCAACAAAAAUGCACCUAUGGGUGGAUGUACAAUUCUGGUCUCUGGAGAUUUUCGUCAAAUCCUACCAGUUGUGACUCGAGGAACACGUGCUGACGAAAUAAAUGCUUCCCUAAAAAGAUCCAACCUUUGGCCACAUGUCAAUAAAUUAGAGCUUAAAACUAAUAUGAGGGUUUCGUCAUCUUCACGUGAGAACAGGCUAUUUCCAGAGAUGCUGCUAAAAGUUGGCAAUGAAGAGUUAACACAAAGUCAGGAAAGGAUUAACCUUGAAAACCUUUGUGUUUUGAUAGACAACAUACAAGUGUUAAUCAACAAUGUCUAUCCUGACAUAGAUAACAAAGUUAUAAGACAAUAUCUUGGUUUAAAGAAAGAGCGAUUUUGUCACCAACUAACGAACAAGUAG